AUGAAGUACUUCAACCCGCAUGGACCUGCCCCCACGCGCAAGCCCAAGGUGCAUGCCAAGCCGACAGUCACGGGGGUCUGGUCCCCCGACGAGCACAAACGAUUUCUCAUUGCGCUCGAGCAGUUUCCCCACGGACCCUGGAAGGCAAUUGCGCUGCACGUCGGGACGCGCACCGCACGCCAGACGCAAACGCAUGCGCAAAAGUACCGUCAAAAGCUCAUUCGGAAAGUACCCUGUCCCGACGAAGCCAAAAAAGUCAUGUUCAGCCUCGUCCAGCGCGACCUGAGCGACACUCUGGCCGACA